AUGGCAAACACUGUAGGAGGAGUUUUGUCAGGUGCGAACCCCUUCCACUAUAAUUCCAAUUCGCCGUUAACGCUAUUUCUCUUUCAAGCAUGUCUUAUAUUACUGGUAUGCAAUCUAGUUCAUAUUCCUUUUUCAAUGAUGAGGCAGCCCAAAGUCAUUUCUGAAGUUAUAGCAGGAGUUAUUUUGGGACCUACCGUGUUUGGUCAAAUUCCAAACUAUACGGAAACUAUAUUUCCUACAUCAUCUAUCCCUGGGCUAAAUUUGGUUGCUAAUUUAGGCAUAAUAUUGUUCAUGUUCUUUUUGGGUCUUGAAGUGGACAUUGCCUUCAUUAGAAAACACUUGAAGAAAGCGCUUGCGAUAGGUAUAGCCACUUUGGCUGUGCCAUUCGGUUUCGGAUGUUUAUUAGCAAUUCCUUUAUUCCAUGCUUAUGCAAACAAAACAGAAGGCGAUAGGCAUAUCAAAUUUUCGGUGUUUAUGGUAUUCAUUGCGGUCUCAAUUUCCGUUACAGCUUUUCCUGUUUUAUGUCGUAUUUUGAAUGAACUGCGUUUGAUCAAGGAUAGAGCAGGAAUCGUUGUCCUUGCAGCUGGUAUAAUUAACGACAUAUUGGGAUGGAUUCUAUUGGCAUUGAGUAUCAUUCUUUCGAGUGCAGAAGGUAGCCCUGUGAAUACUGUUUACAUUCUACUUAUCACGUUUGCAUGGUUUUUGAUUUAUUUUUUUCCUUUAAAGUACUUAUUAAGAUGGGUGCUGAUUAGAACCCAUGAACUUGACAGAAGUAAGCCCUCACCCUUGGCGACAAUGUGUAUUUUAUUUAUCAUGUUCAUCUCUGCUUACUUUACAGACAUUAUUGGAGUUCAUCCUAUUUUUGGUGCAUUCAUUGCUGGUUUAGUGGUCCCUAGAGACGAUCAUUAUGUUGUUAAACUAACAGAAAGAAUGGAAGAUAUACCAAAUAUUGUUUUCAUUCCAAUUUAUUUUGCAGUUGCCGGCUUAAAUGUUGAUUUAACUCUGUUAAAUGAGGGUAGAGACUGGGGCUAUGUAUUUGCAACCAUCGGUAUUGCAAUCUUCACUAAAAUUAUCUCGGGUACACUUACAGCCAAGCUUAGCGGUUUAUUUUGGAGAGAAGCCAGUGCAGUUGGUGUUUUGAUGUCUUGUAAAGGUAUUGUUGAAAUUGUUGUGUUGACUGUUGGUCUGAAUGCGGGUAUUAUUAGUAGGAAAAUAUUUGGUAUGUUUGUGUUAAUGGCUUUGGUUUCGACUUUUGUAACCACUCCUUUGACUCAGCUCGUUUACCCAGAUUCAUAUCGAGAUGAAGUUCGCAAAUCGUUAUCGACACUUGGAGAAGAUGAUAAGUCGGAAAAUGGACUUAAUUCUGAGAGUGUUGAUAAAUCUGAAACUAAAACUCAAUUAAAUUCAUUGGCAGAUGUUAGCAAAUAUAGAAUUAAUGAACUUACUACAGUGAUAAAUACCACAGAAGCGAUUUCUCCAUCUUUAAAACUACUAAAUUACCUAUCUUUAGGAGUUUCUCCCAAGCCUAAGAUUAACCGGCAGAAAAACGAAACCUCCUUGAGCAGAAUGACGACGGCCACUGAUUCUACACUAAAGUCCAACACCUUCAAAAUAAAAAAGAUGGUUCAUAUUUGGUCCAAAAGCGUUGAUGAUGUGGAUACUAAUUUAAGUGUCAUAGAUGAAAAAGUGAACACCUUUGAAGGAAUUGGCGCUUUGAGAGCCAUUCAUUUACGGUUGCUUACUGAACGGACCACUGACCUGUUACAAUCAUCUUCUCUAUAUAAUGACGAUCCUCAUUUUACUGCAAAUACAGAUUCAUUACUACAAAUUUUUGAUAUUUUUUCAAACCUGAGUAAAAUACCAUUUUCGAGUGAAGUUAUAUUCUCUACUAUGCGUGAAAAGGCAGCCAAUAUUGCAACAAUGAAAAAGGAUUCUACAGAUCUGGUGUUACUGCCUUUGAAAGGUGCUUCUUAUGAGUAUAGAGGAAGCCCAAUUUUCAUUGAUGAAAAAUAUGCGAACUUUGAUCACAUUUAUUCACACCUUCUAGGUUUGAAUGAACUCUCCUCUACUUUUUUUAAGUCUAUUUUUCAAUCUUUAAAAGCAAAUUUCGCUGUUCAGAUUUCAAACACCUAUGGCAGAUUGAAUGCAGAUCGUUUUAAGAAAAAACGAUUCAGUUUAUUGCUUCCAAAGCCAUACCUGACACCAUCAGAUUAUCUUGGACUAUAUCUUCUCUUAUUGAUAUGCUACAGGGAUGGUUAUAAUAAUGAUAACGCAUCUUGCUGUAUAUUUAUUAACAGUAAGAAUAUUGAUUUCACAAAGGAUUUAUUAAUCGCAUUUGCUGAGCAUGAGUGGCUAAAUGAAUCUACUGUUAGUAUUGUGGAGAUUCCAUUUGAAAAAAAAACCCCGGAAGAAGCAGAUGAAAGGCCGUCCUUCAUAGAGACAGUGCUUGACAUAGGUUUAUCAGAUACUGCUUUAGCUGAUAUAGAAGAGACGACCUUUAUUAUUGGAGAAGACCUUCUCGAUGAAAGUGAGCCUUUCAGCGGAGAGGUGAAGACGACUAUAUUUGAAGGAUCAAAUCGUCGUUUCGACACGCUUAUUGUGCAUCAUUUUCCAUCUGAGUAA